AUGCACGCAGUGGACAGCAUGGUAGUAGGGAUGAUAUGGUGGAGACGAGCGCGAAUUGAAAAGCAGUUCUACAGAGCCUUCUACCAAACAUUCCGACAAUGGUAUGGGAUGGUUUGUCGCCAAACCCUCUUCCAGCAAGCAGGAGUCAGAUUGGGUGUCUUCACCUACGGAGCCGAAAGGGUAAUGGCACCAGGGAGUCAUGGAACAAUUGUUGGAGCAAAACACGUCUUGCAUCAAAAGCCUAGAAUAAAUUCUGCCAUCGCUAGCACCACUGCUUUUGCAGAUAACGUCGUGUCUACUCUUACUGACCUUGCUACUAGUAGCCUUUCUGUUAAUGACAACUUUGAUGUAUCUGACAACGUUACUAAAAAACCUAAUAAAGCUGACAACACUGAUUAUGAUACUGGUGAUACUGUCGCCAACGAUACUACUGAAUGCUGA